GUUUGUAUAAAGAACUGUAUUAAAACAGUUUGGUUUGUGUUCUGCGCAUUCUUUCAUCGACUCCAAGUUUAACAGGUCAGUGUUAGGGAAGCUGAUAUGGAUCAAUGGACAUGGACGGUACUUAAAACUUUCUUAGCAGACUAUCGCACUGAUCUGUUUCACCUCUGUAACUUAUGGAAGGUGUUAGUCCUAGCUGUUGGAGGGCUCUUCUUGCUCAAAAUCUACUCUACUCUAACGCUUGGUAUUUGUAAAGAUAAGAGGGAUCUCAGAGGAAAAACUGUGAUCAUCACUGGGGGAAACACUGGAAUAGGAAAAGAGACUGCAAUGGAACUCGCCAGGAGACAUGCUCGUGUAAUCCUAGCCUGUAGAAACCAAGAGAAAGCCAAAUUAGCUUCUGACGACAUCGUUUCAUUAACCGGGAAUAAGAAUGUUAAAAUAAUGAAACUGGAUUUAAGUUCUCAAAAGUCAGUAAGAAAAUUUGCAGAAGAAUUUAAAAGAACCAAUGAUCGCCUUGAUAUACUGAUAAACAAUGCAGCUGUCUUUGCAUUACGAGAGCGGACUCUAACAGUGGACGGUUAUGAAACAACGUUCGCAACGAAUCAUCUUGGCCAUUUUUUAUUGACAAAUCUUCUUCUUGAUUUAUUAAAAAAAAGCGCUCCAAGCAGAAUCAUCAACGUCUCAUCAGAAAGCCACAGACUUGGGACUAUCAGGUUUGACAAUUUAAACAGCGAACGCUCCUAUGUCUCGGACAUUGCCUACAGUCACACCAAAUUGGCCAAUAUACUAUUUACUAGAGAAUUAGCUAAACGCUUAGCCAGAACGGGUGUAACAACUUACUCACUUCAUCCGGGUCUCGUGUGUACGGACAUUUUUCGACACUAUUUUGGAGUCAGAAAGUUUCUUGUAAACCUAGUUAUUUCUAUGUAUGGAAAGACCGCUUUACAGGGUGCACAAACUACAGUCUUUCUCGCUGUAAAACCAGGAAUCGAAUCCUUUUCUGGGAGCUACUUCUCUGAUUGCAAGGUUGUGGGAACGAGUGCUAAAGCCAUGGACAUGAAGAUAGCACAAAAGCUAUGGGAGGUUAGCGAAGAGAUGACUAGAUUGUAAUUCCAAGCUAAAGCAGGCACAUGACGAAGGCUUAUACCUAAUGACCCGAAAAACACGCCGUCUAAAGAGCAGUUUUAAUAGUAUAAAAUCAAAAAUGUAAAAAAAUAAAAAUAAAAA